GACCCAACUUGCCAAUGUUUUCCCAUUUUUCUUCCUAGAGUUCCCAUUUACGCAUCUUCUUCUAUCUCUCCACUAUCCCCAGAGUUUGUUUGAUUUCUGCCUUGCUCUUCUUUGAACUCAACAAAACCUACUCUUCCAUUUUAUUUUCCUUCAUUUUCCCACAGUUCUUUUAGCUCAAAGAAGAAAAGCAUCUCCGUUCUUUAACACUGCCAAAAAAAAAAAAAAAAAGAGAACUGUUUUGUUUGAUCCUUGUUAACUACUUUUCCUUUUCUUAAUUCUGGUUUCCGGAUCUCUGGAGUUGGUGAAGUAAUUUCAUCUCAAUUAAGCUUUUUAAUUUUCAAGUUGGUAGAUCAACAAUCCCUUCUCUUGUGAUCCACAUUUUCAUAAAGAUCCAUGGCGGAGUCAAUUUUAUAUGGGGCGGUCAGUAACAUCUUGUCCAAGUUCGUGUUAAAUGCUGGGAAAGAUCUUGGCUUGAUUUUUGGGCUGAAAAAGGAGCUAGAGAAGCUUCAAGGGACUCUCAGCACCAUAAACGCUGUCCUUCUUGAUGCUGAGGAGAAGCAGGAGAGCAGCCAUGCCAUGAAGAACUGGAUAAGUCGACUGGAAGACGUUGUAUACGAUGCAGACGACCUACUGGACGAAUUCGACUAUGCAAUCCUCCGCCAGAAGGUGCUUGCUCGGAGACAGGUGCGCAAGUUCUUUUCAUCCUCAAACCCUCUGGUAUUUGGUCUUAAGAUGGGUCCUAGAAUUAAGGAGAUUAUAGAGAGGCUUGACUCAAUUGCAGCUGAUAUUUCUAAGUUUAACUUGAGUCCGAGAGUUGCAACAGAUAUGAAAGCUAAGUAUACUAACAGGAAGACUGCCUCAAAGGUGAGACCAGAAAUGAUAGGGAGAGAGAAAGAUAAAGAGCACGUUAUAAAAUCAUUGCUUCAGAAGCAUCAUCAUGGUGACAGCAUCUCUAAUAUUGUUGCCAUUGUUGGGUUUGGAGGUUUGGGAAAGACUACGCUCGCCCAGUCGGUUUAUAACGAUGUAGAAAUAAAAAAUCUCUUUAAUCCACGAAUAUGGGUGUGUGUUUCUGAAGAAUUUGAUGUCUGUAUAAUUUUCAAGAAAAUCUUGGAGUCGCUGGGAGAUAGUAAAAUAGAUGACUUGGAUCUAGAUAUUUACUUGAAGAGGCUUGAAGAAAAUUUAAGAGGGAAGAGAUAUUUACUUGUGUUGGAUGACGUAUGGAAUGAAAACAAUUUAAAGUGGGAUAAUUUUUCAAAGCAUCUAGUGUUUGGUGCUCCAGAAAGCAAAAUUCUUGUGACAACUCGUAGUAAGAAUGUUGCAUCUAUUAUGGGGCUCAACAGUCCUCAUGUUUUAAAAGGUCUCAAUGAGGAUCAAUCUUGGACUUUGUUUGAGCAAGUGGCAUUUGAAGGACAAGGCCAGAUGGAUCCAAAGCUUAAAGUAAUUGGAAAAGAUGUUGCACAAAAAUGCAAAGGAGUUCCUCUCGUUAUCAAAUGUCUAGGAGGUUUGAUGAGACAAAAUCCUAAUGAAAGAUACUGGUCGUUUGUCCAAGAAAAUGAAAUAUGGAAGUUACUUAAAGAAGAUGAUGGUGUUAUCCCGGUGUUAAAAUUGAGUUACAUUCACCUACCAAGUCAUUUAAAACAAUGUUUUGCUUUUUGUUCAAUUCUCCGAAAGGACUACAACAUACCUAAAGACAGGUUGAUCCUAAUAUGGCGAGCACAAGGUUACAUUCAAUCACAGAUCAGAAAUGAGAAUAUACAAGACAUUGGUGAUGAAUACUUUAAUGAUUUAUUGUCAAGGUCAUUUUUUCAAGAAGAGGUGAAAGAUGAGAAUGGGAAUAUUAUUCGUUGUAAAAUGCAUGAUCUUAUCCAUGAUCUUGCAUUAUCAGUUGCAAAAAGUAGUUUUUCUUCAAUGAAAGAUGACAAAGAAAAACUUCCAAAAGGUGUCCGUCAUGUGAUAUUAGAAUGGGAACAUACAAAUAUCCAAAAAGAAGUUUUCACACAUUUGUCGAAAGUAAAAGGGAUAAGGACUCUACAUUUUCGGUCAGACAUUUCAAGGGAAUUAUUCAUUCGAUGUGCAAAUUUUUCAAAAUUCAAUUGUUUACGCAUAUUGAAUUUGAGUUUCAGGAACUUUAGAAUAUUGCCAAACUCAAUUGGUAAAUUGAAGCACUUGAGAUAUCUUAAUCUUUCUGGUAAUUAUGAGAUGGAAGUGCUUCCAGAAGCAAUAGCCAAAUUGCACCAUUUGCAAACUUUAUUACUCUAUUAUUGCAGUAAUCUUAAAAAGUUACCAAAGCAUAUACAACAAUUGAUUAGUUUGGAAUAUCUCGAGCUUGAUCUUUGUGAAAAACUAACGUGCUUGCCAGAAGGGUUAAGGGAAUUGACAUCCCUACGAAGAUUGGAUAGAUUUAUUGUAAACACUGUUGAAAAGAGUUUCUCAACUGCAGCCACGUUGAAUGAAUUGAGAGACCUAAAUGACCUUGAAAACCACUUGGGAAUUGAAAACUUGGAUAUGGUGAGGAAUGUGGAAUUAGAAUCAAUGGAGGCAAUUUUAAGGGAGAAGAAACGGCUUCAGUCUUUGCGAUUACAGUGGGGACCCAAUAUAAGGGGAGACAAUAAAAAGAAUGAGUUGUUGCUGGAUAAUCUUGAGCCACAUCCAAAUUUGAAGGAGCUCACUGUGUUCGGGUAUGAAGGGGCAAGGUUUUCGACGUGGCUAUCUUACUUGAAUAAUUUAAUCAAACUUAAAAUAGAACAUUGUUGGAGGGUUCAACACGUAGCAACAUUGCCUCCCUUGGAUCAUCUUUCAUCUCUCAAGUCUCUUACUCUUGAUAAUUUGCAUCUUUUAAAACACGUGGCGGAUCAUGAUGGGAAGGAAUAUGACCGUUCUUUGCCAACAGCAUCAUUCUUCACAUCGCUUAAGGAACUUAAGAUCCGAAACUGUCCCAAUCUCAAAGGAUGGUGGAGGACAAAGAAUGAGAACCAAGGUUCAACUGUUGAGCUGUCGUGGUUUCCUUGCCUUUCCAAGUUAGAAAUCAAAAAUUGCCCGAACUUAACCAGCAUGCCGUUGUUUCCAUCUCUCGACCAAGAUUUGACUUUGGAAGGUACUAGCAUAAGGCCUUUGCAAGAAACAUUGAAGAUGAAGAUGACCAAGGCUAGCAUGACAUCAGAAGGAGCAUCAUCAUCAUCAUCAGAGAUUACUUGUCUUUCUUACUCUUCAACUACCCUUCCUCUCUCCAAUUUGAAGUGUCUGACUCUUAUUGACAUUAAUGAUCUAGAAGCUCUGCCAGAAGAGUUCCUACUCAAUCUCACUUCUCUCAAAACGCUUAGCUUUUCUAAUUGCCCUGAAUUACAGUACUUGCCAGAAGGGACGCAUCAGCUUACCUCUUUACAAGAAUUGUGUGUUAAAAAUUGCCCCAAUCUGAGGGCUUUGCCGGACUGGGUUCUUAAUCUCACUUCUCUCGAAACACUCGAAAUUCAGAGUUGCUCUGAAUUACAUCACUUGCCAGAAGGGACUCAUCGACCUACCUCUUUACAAGAAUUACAUGUUGGAGAUUGCCUUAAUUUAAAAGCUUUGCCAAAUUGGAUCCCUAAUCUCACUUCCCUGAAAACAAUUGACAUACGGGGUUGUGAUAAAUUACAGUACCUGCCAGAAGGGAUACAACACCUUACCUCCUUACGAAGUUUGUCAAUCAUCGGAUGUCCCCAGUUAUCGGAAAGAUGUAAAAAGGAGACCGGAAUCCACUGGCCUCACAUUGCUCACAUCCCUUAUAUUUAUAUUGAAGGCAAUUGAUUAAAGAUGAUGAUGCAGUCUAGUGAUGCUAAUCUGUAUCCGGAGGAGAUUGAUGUGAUUCAGAUAUUCUCAGCAGUUUUUACUUAUUAUGUUAACAUAAGUACAAAAUGGAGUUCAUGAAUAGAUUAUUAGUAUCUCUGGGGAUUUGCAACUACAAGUUUGUUAGAGGGCCUAUCUUUACAAGAAUCUUGAGCAGAAAGAUAGUAAUAGUAGAAAAUAAUGUGAAAGUCUGCUUGUACAUUUCCUGCUGUAUCCGUUGUGAUGACGAGAUAUUGCUAUCGGUGGACGAUUUGAUCUGCCUAAUUUCCUUCCAGAGCAGAAUAGGUGUUGAAUUGAAACCAGGAAAAACUUUUAAUGGUAAAAUUUUCCAUUUAUUCCGUUUGUCGUACCAAUUUCAUUUGCUUUCAGUAGGGAAACCAUUAAUUAACACCCAACUUCACACUUCUUUCUGCAUGUUUUUACUGGGAUUAUGGACUUUUUCUGAUAGUUUGAGAGAGUACAUAUGGAUUUCAACUUGCCAAUGCCAUUGUGAAGUAGAGUCCUAGAAUCGAUGGAUUGGAAGCUUUACUCUCAACAGUGUCAUCACUAUCUAUCUUGACCUCUGGUUUCUUUUUUGGGUAACGACGACUGCACAACAUGCAACUCUUUCACCUUCUCUUAUCAAGAAGUGAGCCUUGAUCUAACGAUCUUGAAUUCAAGUUAGCUAUGAAUGGAGUCAACCAACCCUUGCUAAGUAGUUGCUCGAGUGAUUGGGAGAAGUGCCUGGAGAGCUAAGCUGAUUGGCUUUGAUUGGAGGUCUUUGAGCAAUGGCUUCGAUUCUAGUCUUUAGGCCCUUACUUAAUUAACCCAAACUUUUAAGGGGACCUCUUUCAUAAUGUACAUAUGAAGAAGACUUUUGGGAUGUCAUUCUGGGAUUUACUAUUUGCUACAUUUGGGUUCUGUAGCUAUUGUAACCUCCUGCUUCAUAGUAAAAUCUCUUCCACCCUUCAACCGUGGAUGUAGGCUGUUAAGCUGAACCACGUAAUUUCUUGUGUGUUUUAUUAUGUUGGAUUGUUUGUUUGCUAUUUAUCAUCAAAUUUGAUUUGAUUUCA